AUGCCAGAAAAUGUGGGAUACGAUGUGGAGGUGGAGAGUAGCGACGAUGAGGAAUUUGAGAAAGGCCUCCUUACGUUAGAUGUUAAUAAGGUUAAAAUCGGAAACAUUCCGAAGGACUUCAUCGGGUUCAUGCUCAGUAGAGGUGGUAAAGCAGGUGAUUUUUGCAUCUCAAUAGGUUCUGGGGAUUACUGUGUAAUUUCGAUACGGUCCGAAAACCAGCAUCCGUGCCACAUGAUUGUGGAAAAAUAUCGAGACGCCUAUCGAGCUCGUGGUUUGUAUAACGUCAGCGGGAGGACAAUCGGCGAGCUGCUGUUCAAUAUACUAAAAUCACCGUAUCAUCGGGCAAAUUUAUCGAUGAAUGAUGGCUAUGCGGAAGUGAUAUUGAAGAACAACAGAAGGAUGGACGAGCAACAAUGGAAACAGCACAUAUUUGAUGAGCUUAAAGCGACCUUCCCCGCCGAAGACUUGAAGCUUCCUGUGCGUCUUAUGCUUGGGGUUAUUACGUGGCGUGGUGGCGGUUACAUGGUCUACAGUGGUGCACCUGGCCGUUACUUGCAACAUUUCCUCCAGGAGAACGUCCACUCAAUGAGUUGUUGGACGAAAAUUAAGGUGUGA